UGCACAUACAAUAUUAGCUCAUAAGACCGCUCCUAUAUGCGCCUCUGGAGUGAUUCUCCUGGAAUGACGCAUUCUGUCAUUGGAGAUUACAAUCCUGGGAUGAUGGACAUAAUGGACGAGGAGCAGAUGGAGAACGGAAUGGAUUCCGAUGGUGAUCUUCAACUCGAGGAGAUACCCGAGUACCUGAAAGACAGGAGAAGGGCCAAGUCCUUACCUGCGUAUCCAGAGCGGGUGAACCUGUACCACCAGAUCUCCCAGAACUGCCCGAAACACGUGAAGUUCGCGGACGCGCUCGGCUUGAAUCUGGCGAGCGUCAAGCACUUCAGCACCAGCGAGGAUCCUCAGAUUCCAGCCAAAGUCUUCACCAGGCUGAAGAGCUUCCCUCUCCACAAGGACCAGGAGUUCAUGGAUGACUUGUGCGUGAACAUAAAGUCCACUCUGUCUCUGGGCUAUCUGGUCCCGGCGUUCAAGACGCCCGUGGACACCGGCGACUUGGAGACGCGGCUGACGCGCUGCCGCGUCGCGCUGGAGAGCGUCACGGUCACGCAGUUAGAUGUCCGUGGGAUCAUACGGGCGAUGGGUGCGAGAGAGGCUGGGGUCAGGUAUACUUUCAACGACUGGCUGUCGUUCGUGGACGCGCAAGCCAUCCCCGUGCCCACCGAGGACAAAACGCAUGGAGAGCGCUUCUCCUUCACAAUGUACACGCCUCCUUUCUUAGGUCCGAGCGCUGCUGUGCAUUUCGCCGUGUACAUGAGGGAUGAUAACUCUGAGUUCUGGGACAACAACGAUGGGAUGAACUAUUCCCUGAAGCAGCCUACGACAGCUCGUCAUCCAGCCAGACGCGACAUGAAGUGAUGCGCUUUUACGCGAGGAUUUUCACCGAGCACCGUAACGUGCUUUCAGAGAGGUUAUGGAUUGACAUGUCCUAGUAUUAAAAUCUGCUUUAAAUAAAUAGUUUACAGAAAAUGAAAUUUCCUUUAUCAUUUAGCCACCCUCAUGUUGUUCCAAACCCAUUUGAUGGUGUUUCUUUCUGGAAAGAUAUUUUGCAGAAUGUCCAAGAUGCUCAUAGAAAGUGAAUGAGGGCUGCUGAGCCCCCAAAACACCAUAAAAGUGCCAUAAAUGUGGUUCAUAUGUCCCUUGUGUUAUGUUC